AUGGCUCCUUGGCCUGAGUUGGAAAAUGCCCAGUCUAACUCGGAUAAAUACAUCGAAGGGGCCGCCGGUCAGCAGUCCACCACACCCGCAAAAGGCAAGGAGACCGGCAAAAAUGACACCGACACCUCCAUCACCAAGAUUGAACUUCUGCCCUCUUAUUCCACCACGGCACUGAUAGAGGAACCCACAGAGGUGGAAGACCCCUGGAACCUGCCCGAGCUUCAGGACACAGGGAUCAAGUGGUCAGAGAGAGACACCAAAGGGAAGAUUCUCUGUGUCUUCCAAGGGAUUGGGAAAUUUAUUUUACUUCUGGUAUUUCUCUACUUCUUCGUGUGCUCCUUGGAUGUCCUCAGCAGUGCCUUCCAGCUGGUUGGAGGAAAGGUGGCCGGGCAGUUCUUCAGCAACAACUCCAUCAUGUCCAACCCUGUGGCAGGGCUGGUGAUCGGGGUGCUAGUGACUGUCCUGGUGCAGAGUUCCAGUACCUCCUCGUCCAUUGUCGUCAGCAUGGUGGCCUCCUCAUUGCUGAAUGUGCAGGCUGCCAUCCCCAUUAUCAUGGGGGCCAACAUUGGCACCUCCAUCACCAACACCAUUGUGGCGCUCAUGCAGGCAGGAGACCGGAGUGAGUUCAGAAGGGCCUUUGCAGGGGCCACCGUCCAUGACUUCUUCAACUGGCUGUCUGUGUUGGUGCUCCUGCCUCUGGAGGCUGCCACCCGUUACCUGGAGCGCCUGACCAACCUGGUAGUGGAGACCUUCAACUUCAAGAAUGGAGAGGAUGCCCCAGAGCUUCUGAAAGUUAUCACAGAUCCCUUCACGAAGCUCAUUAUCCAGCUGGAUAAAAAAAUUAUCAACCAAAUUGCAAUGAAUGAUGAAACAGCCAAAAACAAGAGUAUGAUCAAGAUUUGGUGUAAAACUUUUACCAACAUGACUGAGAGCAAUGUCACCGUCCCCUCGCCUGACAACUGCACCUCUCCUUCCCUCUGUUGGACGGAUGGUUUGCACACCUGGACCAUCAAGAACGUGACCCACCAGGAGAACAUUGCCAAGUGCCAGCACAUCUUCGUGAAUUUCAACCUCCCAGAUGUUGUUGUGGGCACCAUUCUGCUGGUAGUCGCCCUGCUGGUCCUCUGUAGCUGCCUGAUCCUAAUUGUCAAGCUCUUGGGCUCUGUGCUCAGGGGGCAGGUAGCUGUUGUCAUCAAGAAGACCAUCAACACUGAUUUCCCUUUCCCCUUUGCCUGGGUGACUGGCUACCUGGCCAUCCUUGUGGGGGCGGGGAUGACCUUCAUCGUUCAGAGCAGCUCUGUGUUCACGUCUGCUAUGACCCCUCUGAUCGGUAUCGGUGUGAUAUCCAUUGACAGGGCGUAUCCACUCACGCUGGGCGCCAACAUCGGUACCACCACCACCGCCAUCUUGGCCGCCUUAGCUAGCCCAGGCAGUACUUUGAAGAGCUCACUUCAGAUUGCCCUGUGCCACUUUUUCUUCAACAUCUCAGGCAUCUUGCUGUGGUACCCAAUCCCGUUCACCCGCCUGCCCAUCCGCCUGGCCAAGGGGCUGGGCAGCAUCUCAGCUGAGUACCGCUGGUUUGCCGUCUUCUACCUGGUCACCUUCUUCUUCCUGAUCCCUCUGGCAGUGUUUGGCCUCUCGCUGGUCGGCUGGCCAGUGCUGGUGGGUGUGGGAGCGCCCAUCAUCUUUGUGGUCUUCCUGGUGGUGGUCAUCAGGCUCCUGCAGUCCCAGUGCCCGCACGUCCUGCCCCACAAGCUCCAGAACUGGAACUUCCUGCCACUGUGGAUGCACUCGCUGAAGCCCUGGGACAAGCUCAUCACCACGUUCACCGGCUGCUGCCAGAGGCUCUGCUGCCGUACCUGCUGUCUGCUGUGUGGCUGCCCCAAGUGCUGCCGCUGCAGCAAGUGCUGUGAAGACCUGCAGGAGGUGCAGGACAUCCCCGUUAAGUCCCCCGAGGCUUUUGCUAACAUGGCCAUGGACAAAGAGGCCCAGGACGGGGUCCCCAAGUCCGAGGUGGAUGCCUCGGGCACCAAAACCAUUUCCAGCAUCACAGCCUUGUAG